AUGUUUAAGGUGCUCGGGCUAAUAACUGCUCUGAACCUGUUGUUCUGGCUUUGUGCGCUCGCUUCGGCACAUUGUCGACAAAACUUCGUUGCUAAACACCUCGACAUGGAAUCCGACCAAAUUGGAAGAUUUACUGAUCGUUUUCUCAGACCGGACGGAGUUUUUCUCCUACAAAUGAUUGCUAGUCACGCCGGCAAUCUUACUUGCGCAAAGGUAACCGAAGCCUUAUGGUUGAUAUUUCUUCGAAGAAGUGGAAAACCGGUGUUGGACGAGAAAGUCGAAAGUUCGGAGCGGGGAGACUGGGACAGUGUACGUUUACAGAGUCAUCAAGAUAGAGUAAGCAGAGUUAUUGAUUUAUCGAUCAGAUUUCAUAAUCUCGUCGACAUGUAUCUUGAUUGA